UCUUCAUCUAAAAAUUCUGUUCCUCCUAGAUUAAGCCUCCAUUAUGGAGCUUCAUAACCUUUUUACUAAUAUCACCUUCAUUUUCUCCUUUCUCUUCCUCUUAGUGCUAUUCAAAGUUGUUAAAACAUUGAGCGCUAACAACUCCAUUGUCAAUUUACCACCUGGACCAUGGACAAUGCCCCUCAUAGGAAACAUACAUCAGAUUAUAACGAGUUCAUUGCCCCAUCACCACCUCAAAAAAUUGGCAGAGGAAUAUGGACCCUUAAUGCACCUAAAGUUAGGUGAGGUACCUUACAUAAUAGUUAGUUCACCAGAAAUUGCCAAAGAGAUUAUGAAAACACAUGAUAUCAACUUCUGUGAUAGGCCAAAACUUCUUUUGUCUACAAUAUUUAGUUACAAUGCUACUGAUAUUGCCUUCUCUACACAUGGAGAAAAUUGGAGGCAAUUACGAAAAAUAUGUGUUGAAGAGCUAUUAAGUGCAAAACGUGUCGAAUCAUUUAGGUCCAUUAGAGAAGAAGAGGUGUCAAAUCUUGUUAAAUCAAUAACUGCAAGUGAAGGAUCGGUUGUUAAUCUCACUCAAAUGAUUCUCUCAUUAACAAUUGGGAUGACAGCGCGGGCAGCAUUUGGAAAAAAGAAUAAACACCAAGAAGUGUUUAAAUCAGCAAUGAAGGAAAUAUUUAAGCUAUUGGGAGGAUUUUCUUUUGCAGAUUUGUAUCCUUCUAUUAAAAUUCUUCAAAUGUUAAGUUGGCCAAGGAAAAAACUUGAAAAACUUCAUAGAGAGACUGAUAUGAUAUUGCAAGAGAUCAUCGAUGAUCACAAAAGUAGUCACAAGAAAGCUAGGAAGAAUGAUGAUCUAGUAGAUGUUCUUCUCAAGAUUCAACGUGUAAAUCACUCACAACAUCCCUUGACCGACGACAAUAUAAAAUCGGUCAUCCAGGACAUGUUUGUUGGUGGCACUCAAUCAUCUUCUGAAGCUGUGUUAUGGACGAUGUCUGAGAUGGUAAAGAAUCCGAUGGUAAUGGAAGCAGCACAAGUUGAGGUAAGAAGAGUGUUUGAUAAAAAGGGAUAUGUGAAUGAGACAGAGUUGCACCAAUUGAUAUACUUAAAAUCCGUCAUCAAAGAAACAAUGAGGUUGCAUCCUUCUAUACCAUUAUUGAUUCCAAGAGAAAGUACGAAGCCAUGCCAAAUAAAUAGAUAUGAUAUCCCAGCUAAGACAAGGGUCAUUGUUAAUGCUUGGGCUAUUGGAAGAGAUCCGAGGUAUUGGGUUGAUGCCAAGAGUUUUAAGCCUGAGAGAUUUCUUAAUAGCCGAAUUGAUUUCAAAGGCACAGACUUUGAAUACAUACCAUUUGGUGCUGGAAGGAGGAUGUGUCUGGGUAUUGCAUUUGCCUUACCCAACAUAGAGCUACCUUUAGCUCAGUUACUUUACCAUUUUGAUUGGAAGCUUCCAAAUGGAAUGAAGAAUGAAGAAUUAGAUAUGACGGAGUCAUUUGGGCUUGCAGUAGGAAGAAAACAUGACUUAUGCUUGAUUCCUUUCAUUCGUCGUCCUUGAUAUAUGUUUGCCUAAGCAUAUAUGUUAACAAAUGUUCAAUUUCCUGAUUUGGAGAAUGGUUUUGAUAAAAGUAGCAAAUAAGAUUCAUAUCUCCCAAUAAUGUU